UCUCCUUCCUCCUUCCUCCCUUCUUCCUCCUUGCUCCCACUCUCCCUCACUCGAUCUAUACAUAUCACGCCCACUCCUCGCCCACUACGUGACAGACUCUAUCCCGAUUCAAUCAGAUCGCUUCAUGGCGGAGCAGAGUCGAAGGCGGCGGUCGUCCUCCUGGCUGAUGAGCUGCUGGGGAGGAGGAGGAGGAACUGGAGGAGCGACGGGCACCGCAGACGAGAGUAGUUCGGAUUCGGAGCGGAGGGUGUCGGAUUCGGAUCCGAAGUCGCUGGAGGAAGACCUGUCACUGACGCUGCAGGCCGGGUCGGAGCUGGUGGCGUUCACCAUCUCGGAGCUGAAGGCGGCGACGAGGAACUUCGCCAUGGCCAACUUGCUCGGGUCCGGCGGCUUCGGACCCGUCUACAAGGGGUUCGUCGACGAGCGGAUCCGCCCGGGGAUCCGCCCGCAGCAAGUCGCCGUCAAGUCGCUGGACCUCGGCGGGCAUCAGGGCCACCGGGAGUGGCUGGCCGAGGUGGUGUAUUUAGGGCAGCUGAGGCAUCCGCAUCUGGUUAAAUUAAUUGGAUAUUGCUGUGAGGAUGAACACAGAAUGUUGGUCUAUGAGUACAUGGCGAGAGGGAGCUUGGAGGAUCAACUUUUCAAGAGACUCCUUGCUUGGUUGCCAUGGUCGACAAGGUUAAAGAUAGCUGUCGGAGCUGCAAAGGGACUGGCCUUUCUCCAUGAAGCCGAUAAGCCGGUCAUCUAUCGCGAUUUCAAAGCUUCAAAUAUUUUACUCGAUGAGGACUACACGGUUAAGCUCUCUGAUUUCGGGCUCGCAAAGGAUGGCCCGCAAGGCGACAAGACUCACGUGACGACACGUGUCAUGGGCACGUAUGGGUACGCCGCACCCGAGUAUAUUUUGACCGGCCACUUGAAUGCCAAGAGCGAUGUCUAUAGUUUUGGAGUCGUGUUGUUGGAGCUAUUUGCGGGUCAACGGUGCGUUGACAAGAACCGACCGGGCCGACAGAAGAAUCUAGUCGAUUGGGCAAGGCCUUACCUCACCAAUGCAGAGAAGCUUAGGCGUGUCAUGGACCCGAACCUCGAUGGGCUUUACUCCAUCAAAGGAGCUCAAAGAGUGGCCGGGGUCGCGUACAAGUGCCUGAGCCACACUCCAAAGGCGAGACCGAGUAUGAAAACUGUGGUGGAGACUUUGGAGCCACUUCUCAGUUUGAAUGAUGUACCCGUCGGUUCCUUCGUCUAUGUUGCGACGAAGGAGAAGACGUGUGAAGAGGAAGAUCAGAGUAAGGAGAAGAAGAAGAAGAAGAAGAAGACGAUAUGUGAGAUCGAAGAGAAGAACCACAACAAUCACGAUGAAAGGCACAGACAACAGUUCCCUAAUUCAGUGAUUCACUCCGAGGUUGCUCUUCAUAAGGAUGGCAAUAAUCUGUUCCGGAACUCUCACUUUCGGAGGUUGAAAAGUCACAGCCAAGAACGCGGAGCAUGAGUAAUUAAUUGUUUGUUUAUAGUGCAUAUAAGACAUACACGAUACGUUAAUCAAACACACUACGUACUGUUUGUUGGUUGGUGGCUUUGUUUCUCGAUGUUUUGAUAUGAAUUUUUGAGAUGUUUAGAUUGUA